CGGGGUUGUUUGAUUAAACCCCCCACCAAUUUCCAAGGUUUUGGCCAUCUGAUUAGACUGAAACUCUGUCAAGUGAAUAUUGCAGAGGAUGUACUGGGAAGUUUGAUGUCCAGUUCCCUGCUACUGGAGCAGUUGACCGUUGUAGAGAUCCCGGCCAUCUUGAACUCCCUUGAGCUCAUAGCGCCCAAGUUAAAAUCUGUUUCUUCAAAAGCUCUGUAAAAUCUAUCUUAUUCAAGAAUACCCCGGUUCUUGCAAGGGUUUCGCUUGUUCCUAGAAACCAAGACAUGGACGGAAAAUUUCAUGUGGGGGGAACAAGUAUUAUCGAGCAACUUCAUGAUCUCCUGAGUCUUGAGAAUCUGCAUUUGCACUAUGCGUACUUCAAGUCUCUAGAUGCAGGUGGAAUCCCUGCAAAGAUUACAACUACACUAAUCCACCUUAAAGUUGUUAAGCUAGAAUAUUUAUGCUUUGAAGAGGUGAAUGAGAUUGCUGUUCUUCUGUGUUUACUGAGAAGCUCUCCCAACUUAGAAGAGUUAGAAAUUCUGGUAUACAAGGUUGACGAGUACGCUGAAAGUCAAGCUUCAAAUUUUCUGGAUGUGCAGGAAUAUUCUCAACUGACUUUAAAUCAACUUCGGCAAGUGAAGCUGCAAAGCAUUUCUGGAACAAGAUCUGAGAUGGAAAUCAUUAAGCUUUUACUGAAAAAGUCCUCAAUUCUGGAGAAAAUGUUGAUCAAGCAAGCCCCCAUGAAAGAAAACAUCAAAAACAAAGUAACAGAAAUUGGGAUCUUGAAACAAGUGACAAGGUUUCACAGGCCUUCACCUAGAGCAGCAGUCAUAUAUGAAGAUCCAAUCAUUAGUUAAUCCAAAGCAAGUCAGUCAGAGAAGAGGGUUCAAGACCAGGUUUCUUGACUGCAAGCAGAAAAAGAAACGACGAAAUUGUAUUUGCCUCGGCCUUCCGUGGUGCUCCGUCAAUGUUGUAUCUUCUGGGAGUGGUUAUAUGAUUUCUAUGUCCUUGGAGUUUCACGCAAUCCUGUGAUCCGUGGACAGACAAGGACACAGGAUAUCGAUGUGAUGGUGAAGCUUCUUGAAUAUUAUUUACCCUAAUGUCUCUUACGCAAAAACAAUCAUGGAUUUGUCCAAUAAGCUUUAGAUUCUAAGUAUAUUCUAUGAACAGUUCUCUGAGAAUGCAUCAUGGAAGCAAA